CAGGAGAAUCAGUUUCGGUGCUUGCGCUUCCUCUCUCCCUUUUUCGUCGCGCUGUUCUUCGUUCUUCCGUUCCACGCAACCCUAAAAGGAGCGAGCUUCAACCGCAGGUGAACCUCCGCCGGCGGCGAUAAGCUCCGGCCAACAGUUUCGCGUCGAACGAGAGAGGAGGGGGGUUUCUCGCGGUGAAUUCAACACACGUAGAUCGAUAACUGAACAAAGGAAGGCGAACUGAAGCCGCGGAGGAGAACGGGAACUUAGCCAGGAUCGGGGAGAUUCGAAAUUCUCGUCGGAUGCGCCUUCCCUCUUUCAUCCCCAGAAACGAGAGCGCCGGUUUCCGGUCUCUUCUCCAGCGCCCGGAAGCACUUCUGCAAGAAGACCCAUCUAAGCAUCGAUUGAUAGAUGGCAUUGGUUGUGAUCUGCGGGCAGCCAUGCAGCGGGAAGUCGACAGCUGCGCUUUGCCUUGCUGAAGCCCUUAAGGAGUCGGAAGCGAAUCCCAUUGUUAGGAUAAUUGAUGAAGGGUCCUUCCACCUUGAUCGCAAUCAGAGCUAUGCCGAUAUGCCUGCCGAGAAGAAUUUAAGAGGAGUCCUCCGGUCUGAAGUGGACAGGUCACUGUCGAAGGAAGAUGUCGUCAUAGUCGAUUCUUUGAACAAUAUCAAGGGCUAUAGGUAUGAGCUCUGGUGCUUGGCUCGUGCCGCCGGUAUAAGGUACUGCGUUGUGUUCUGUGAUGCAGAGGAAACACAUUGUCGGAAAUGGAACGAGGAACGCAGGGAAAAGGGAGAAGCUGCAUACGACGAUAAGAUUUUUGAGGACCUGGCAAGAAGAUUUGAGAGGCCAGAUAGAAGAAACCGCUGGGAUUCUCCUUUGUUCGAACUAUGGCCGCAUAAAGAGGGAGUGACUAAUUCUUCUGCUGCCAUCACAGAGGCUGUUUCAUACUUGACGAAAAAGGUGGACUCAAAAUCACGAGACGUCAAGGUUUUGCAGCCAACCAUUGCUACGCAGAAUGCACGGUUUUCGGAAGCGAAUUCGCUUUACGAGCUGGACAGGGCAACACAGGAGGUGAUCAGCGCAAUCGUGGAAACACAAUCCCAGGCCCUGGGAGGCCCUUCAAACGGGAUCUCUGUUGGCGUAGGAUUGCCGACUAUUACCAUUUCAAGAUCAGUUGGGCUGCCGGAGCUACGAAGGCUCCGGCGAACUUUCAUUAAGUUGACAGGACAAACGAGUUUAAGCGGGCGACCGCCGCCUGCUGAUGCAGAGAGCGCCAAGCGGAUGUUUGUAGACUAUUUGAACCGGGAACUAGGUGCUGCUUGAACUCGAACAGUUCUGAUACAAGCAAUUUCACAAUUUUGUUUCAUCUAAAAUAAUUUCUCAAGUAAUCUUCUAGGAUGCUCAAACUUGUUAAUGGCUGUGCUCUAAAUUUUAACUACCUGCCGAGAGUGAAUACUUGGAUGUCUUGUCUUGGCGUUGGAUGGAGCAAAAUGUGAGAUUUUGUUCUUUAACUUGCAUGAAUGUGUAUUGGCUUUCUAUUUUUCGGUUUCAUUGGUUAAGUAUAAA